UAGUCUCGACCUUUCGUUUUGUAACAAGAUGGCGGCCUCCAGUGGGUGCACAUUCAACUUCAACGUGGGGGUGUUAGGGCACGUUGACAGCGGUAAAACUAGUCUGUCAAAGGCCCUUAGUACUGUAGCAAGUACAGCUAGUUUUGAUAAAAACCCUCAAAGUAAAGAAAGGGGUAUAACUCUUGAUUUAGGGUUUUCGUCGUUCUGUGUUGACUUGCCAGAUCACCUGAGCGGAGAGAUAGGGAGUUCGGAGAGUUCCCAGAUUCAGUACACACUAGUCGAUUGCCCUGGUCACGCGUCCCUCAUCAAAACAAUCAUCGGAGGUGCACAGAUCAUUGAUUUGAUGAUGCUAGUGGUGGAUGUCACAAAAGGCAUGCAGACACAGACAGCUGAAUGUCUUGUCAUUGGGGAAAUCGCCUGUCAGAAAAUGGUAGUGGUUCUGAAUAAGUUGGAUCUUUUGCCUGCAGCAAAGAGGGAUACUAUGGUGGAGAAGAUGAAAAAGAAGAUGCUGAAGACAUUUGAAGCCACUAAGUUUGCUAAUUGUCCAAUGGUAGCGGUUGCCGCUAAGCCAGGAGGUCCUGAGGCUCCAGAUACUGAAGCCCUUGGUCUGACUGAACUGAUAGAUACACUGAAGGCCAACACAUACGUCCCCCAGCGGAGUCCAACUGGGCCUUUCAUCUUUUCUGUAGAUCACUGUUUCUCCAUUCGAGGCCAGGGCACUGUUAUGACGGGAACAGCUCUGAUGGGCAGUAUAUCUCUCUAUGAUACGAUAGAAAUUCCAUCCAUGAAAGUUACAAAAAAAGUGAAAUCCAUACAGAUGUUUAAACGUCCUAUCAACCAAAUAUCACAGGGUGACAGAGCAGGAGUGUGUGUGACCCAGUUUGAUCCCAAGCUAUUAGAACGUGGAUUAGUAUGUAGUCCUGGGGCAUUGCCUACAAUAUCAGGAGCCAUUGUGGCUGUCGAGCGCAUUUCCUACUACAAAGGUGCCAUCAACUCCAAAGCAAAAUUUCACAUUACCACCGGGCACGACACAGUCAUGGGGAGAGUAUCCUUCUUCGGUCUGUAUGGCGACACAACUACUGCUGCCUGCGGUGCUGGCGAUUCUCCAGACUCUACAUCGAAAUGCUUUGACUUCAGUAGAGAAUAUGUUUAUCAGGAUGAGUUGAAAAAUGUCAGAAUCACAAAAAAGGAUGUCGGAGCAGAAAGUGAUGCAGAACCUCUUCCUGUAAAACAGUUUGCAUUAGUGGAAUACGAAAAACCUGUCACAUGUCCGCAACACUCACUUGUGAUUGGUUCAAAGCUGGAUACGGACAUUCACACCAACAUGUGCCGCAUUGCCUUUCAUGGUCACCUUCUUGAGGGAAUUGUGGACGAUUCAGAAAUGCAAACAGUUUUGCCAAAGCUUAAAGUUUUCAAGGUCAAAUUUCGUGAAGGUCAAGUAGAGCGGUGCCAAGAUGAGUAUUCCGUAAUAGGAAAAAAUCUGUUUAAGAAGGAAACAAACCUACAGGCAUUCGUCAACCUGAAGGUGACCCUGUCAUCGGGGGAGAAAGGUCACAUUGAGGGAGGAUUUGGUCAAAGUGGAAAGGUCAAGAUCCGAAUUCCCGGGGGACUUCAACCAAGCACAUUCCAAAGGUAUUCAGGGACAAAAAAGAAAGGAAAAGGCAAGCAGGCAUCAGAGGAUUCAGCUAAUCAGAAUGAAGGAGAGUCUGAACAAGAGCCAAUCAAAAUUCUCCUUACAUUCAAACGGUUUAUUUAUGACCCAGAAAAGAAAAUGAAACAGACUUGAAAAGUAAUUUAUUUAUAAAUUGUUAAAUCCAGUAUGAGUAAGAUUGAAGAUUUUUAACUAUGAUUAUUAUAUUAAUUUAAAGAAAUUUUAAUAUAUGAUUGAAUGAAAUAGUUGGUGAAUGAAAACAUUGACAGGUUCAAUUAAUGCUUGUAAACCCGGAGAAUGAAUGAGAAUACAAUUUAUAUCGUCUCAAAGAUGACAACCUGCUGGCUUUAGUCAGAGGUUAAAGGUGAUUUAGUUAAAGAGUUACCAAGUGAAAAGGCAUUGUUAUCCAAGCCAAUAAAAAUUAGACUUGUUAUAGUAAUUUCCCCUCCUCAACAAUCCACUAUAAAACACUGCCUUUGUACUGCAGUAUGCAUAAGUACAGUGUAUCAUUAUCAUAGUGGAUCAAAGAGGAGUGGAAAUCACAAGUCUAAUUUUGAUUUCAUCUUGCAAUCUGAUUAAAAUAUAGAUCAUCAUUAUACAUACAUAUGUAACAUCAUAAUGUAGUGUAUAAUGACGAUCUGUAUUUUAAUCAGAUUUAGUCAUAAUGAUUUUGUUUAUAGUAAUCAGAUUGAUUUUUUGUAACAUCUCCAAUCAGCUUUUUAUUUUCAUUUUAGCUUCAAAAACAGUAUUUUGAAAUUUUCAAUUCUGAUAAAAUGUUAAUGUGACUUUGGAAAAUUCUUACAUUAUUCAUAAGUUUUGAGUACAAUUUGGGAUUUUGCCAAGAUCAGGUUAUCAUAUAUUAAAAACAUCUCCCUGUAGGCCCUUUGAUAUUUCUUCCAAUCACCUUACUUAUUCUUCCUGCUAAUAUUGCAUUGCUUUUUUUCCGGGACUUCACAUAAUAAAAUAUAAGUUACAUUAGACUUGGUGAUACAAAUGUACGCUCUGGCUAUGCAAUACUCCUGUGGAACUUCAGUGAUAAAUGAAACCUGGAAUGCUUGUGAUUGUCAGAGAGCUAUAAUAGAUAGUUAUAUACAUUGUAAGUCUAUGAGAUAACAAAAUGUUUUAAAUAAGAAAUUAAAAUGACAUAUGGGAUGUUUUUAAAUGCUUUCACUAAGCGGUAGGAAUAACUGUGAAAUUUUAAAUUGGAUAAGCAGAUUUUUGGCAAGCGGAGCUACAUGUACAAUUCAUGUAAGACAUCCAGUUGUUGUUGAUGCCUUUAAUAAAAUGAAAUCUAAUGAGGUA